AUGGUCCGCUUCUGCAGCACGCGCGGCGGCGUCCGCGGCCUCAGCUUCGAGCAGGCCGUGCUCACGGGCCUCGCGGCCGACCGCGGACUGCUCGUGCCGGAAGCCGACGAGUUCCCGACGCUGCCCGUCCACGCGCUGGACCAGUGGCAGUCGCUGUCGUACCAGUCGCUCGCCGCGCAGGUCAUGCGGCUCUUUGUCGACGACGCAGAGCUCUCGUCGGCCGAACUCGACGCGCUCGUGCAGAAGAGUUACAGCCCCGCGACGUUCCGCGCGCCCGACGUGGCGCCGCUGGUCAAAGUCACGGACCAACUGCUCGUGCUCGAGCUCUUUCACGGCCCCACGUUUGCGUUCAAAGACAUUGCGCUGCAGUUCCUCGGAAACCUCUUUGACGUGUUCCUCGCGCGCGCGAACGAGCGACAAGCGGCUGCAGGGGCUCCUGCGCACGCGAUUACGGUCGUGGGCGCCACGUCGGGCGACACGGGCAGCUCGGCGAUCUACGGCCUGCGCGGCAAAGCGAACAUUGAGGUGUUCAUUCUGUUCCCCGAGGGCCGCGUGAGUGCGAUUCAGCAGCGCCAGAUGACGACUGUAAUGGACGCCAACAUCCACAACGUGGCGGUGCGGGGCACGUUCGACGACUGCCAAGCGAUCGUCAAAGAUCUGUUUGCCGACGCGGCGUUCAACGCCACGUACCACUUGGGCGCCGUCAACUCGAUCAACUUUGCGCGCAUCUUGGCCCAGAUUGUCUACUACGUGUGGGCGUACCUUCGGGCGCGGGAACAGGGCGUGACGGGUGACAUUGCGUUCUCGGUCCCCACGGGCAACUUUGGUGACGUCCUGGCAGGGUUCUAUGCCAAGAAACUCGGGGUCCCCCUGGGCAAACUCAUUGUCGCGACGAACGAGAACGACAUCCUGCACCGCUUCUUCUCGACCGGCAAGUACGACCGCCGCGACAUUGCGCACACGAUCUCGCCGUCGAUGGACAUUUGCGUCUCGAGCAACUUUGAGCGCUACCUCUUUGCCUUGUCGGGCGAAAACCACGACGUCUUGCGCGGCUGGAUGCAAGCGUUUGAGCAAACGGGGGAGCUGACGAUCACAGGCGAGCUGCUGGCCAAGGCCCAGGACGAAAUGGCUUCGUACGCCGUGCUCCAGGAUGAGGUGUGCUCGACCAUUGCAGAGUACAACAAGGUGCAGCAUUACCUGUUUGACCCACACAGUGCGAUUGGCGCGGCUGCAGCCGCGCGCUUCGACUCGGACGCCAGCGCUGACAAGCCCGACUCGGCAGUGGUCGUCGUGGGCACUGCGCACUAUGGCAAGUUUCUGCCCGUUGUGUCCGAGGCGCUUGGUGUGGCCGAGUCGGAGAUCCAGCAGCACCCGAUCUUGAAGGCCCUGGAAUCGAUGCCCACUCGAGUAUCGACGGCAGACAACUCGACUGCUGCUGUGGCCGAGCACAUUCGCAAGACGCUCAGCGAGAAGAAUUGA